AUGCAUUUGACUAAUGAACACGGAGACAAACACCAUCACGCUGAUGCUCACCAUGAUGCUCACCACGAUGAACAUGCUCAUGAUGCUCAUGCUCAUGAUGAACACCAUGAACACCAUGAAAAACAUAAUGUAAAGGAGCACCAUGAUAAGGAACACCACGAACACCAUGAACAUCAUGAUAAACACCAUGACAAACACCAUGAUAAAGCUCAUGGACAUCAUGAACAUCAUGAAGAAAAACACCAUGAAGAGAAACACCAUUAA